GAGCUGGUGCAGGAAUCGAGGAGGACGAAAAGAAAAGCCAUUUUCAAAUGUGACGUAUACGUGUAUACCUGCCUCACUUAUGGACUCGACCCAACCCUCAUGAACCAUGCGCCAUUCUGGAUUCUGCUAGAUCUGAAUCUGAAUCUUUACUUGCCUUUACUUUAGUCGACACAACGGCCAUGGCGGGUCCCGGUAUGUCCUCGUCGCAAAAAAUUACGACGAGGCUUUUGCGUCAGAAGGCCCAAGAUUUCAUGUUGUCAAGAAAACAUGCCAACAACCUGGUGGAUAUCAUCGGCCAGUGGGAUGAGUCCAGUACUUCCUGCAUUCUCAUCCUGGAGUCGAUCUUUGUCCAGGUUCUCAAGCGAGGUGAUAUGUACCAGGAAAAAACGAUAUCAUUGGCCAUUUCUGAACCAAGUCCCGAGGCAAGAUACGUGAGUUGGUUGCGUAACUGUUACGAGGAAAUUUGGGAAAAGCUGCUAACUUCAAUUGAAAGAUGUCGACCUGCAGUUCAACUUCAAGCUCUGUCGACGGGCAUCAAAUUAACUGCAGAAGAAGGGAAGUUCCCGUUGGAGCCCAUUGGAGAUCUAAAUUAUUACUUUCCAUUGCAUCGAUUAAAACCUUUGCUGAUGGCGCUUUUGUCUCCAGAAAAAGACAAUGCUAAUUUAAUUGCCAGAUUUGAAGAAAUCUCUAACUACCCUGACGCCCUUUAUUAUACGUACAAAUGCCUUCCGUCACUUACUCCAAAGAGACAGCCUCGAGAAAUUUAUAUUAAGAAUUUAUUAGAACUCAUACACAAGUUGCCUUUACAAAAAGAUAUGGAAGAAGGAGAGUCGUCUAAAAACAAGGAACUGUUAUGUGGACCUCAGCAAGGUUCAGUUUUCACGUGGGAUUAUUCGAAUGCGAGGCGAGCCUUGAACAAAGUAUGGGCAUGUGUAAUGCACUGGGAAUUGACGCCUCAGUUACAUAAACAACUUCUUAUCGUUUUGCUAGAAAGGGUCAUGCCCCAUCUCGAAAAAGCAGUAUUACUAACAGAUUUUCUAAUGGAUUCUUUGGAUGCCGAUGGUCCCAUCGGUCUUCUUGCUCUGCAAGGAGUCUUUAUUCUGGUCACAAAACAUAACCUGGAGUACCCGAACAUAUUUACUAAGCUGUAUUCUAUGUUCGAACCAGAAAUCUUUCACACAAAGUACAAGGCUCGAUUGUUCUAUCUCUCUGAUCUUUUCCUUAGUUCUACACAUUUGCCAGAAGCUUUGGUGGCUGCAUUUGCUAAACGGUUGUCACGGUUAACUCUGGUGGCGCCGGCUGAGGACAUCAUCAUAAUUCUACUUUUCGUGGGCAAUCUUCUUCUGAGGCAUCCUGGACUAAAGCGCCUGAUAGAUCAUCCACAAAAUGGAGAAGUAGUUUCGGAAGAAGGAGCCGGUGCAGGAGAUCCUUUCUUGAUGGAGGAACGUGAUCCCCUCCGAAGCAAUGCACUUCUCAGCAGCCUCUGGGAAAUCAAAGCCCUGCAGUGCCAUAUUUUACCUAGUGUUGCAACAGCGGCGAGAUUUAUUCGCGAUCCACUGCCUUCCGUGGAAUAUGAUAUGGCGACCGCUCUUGAGCGAACCGGUGGACACAUAUUCGAACGUGAAUUAAAAAACAAAGUAAAAGAUAUUAUGCUAACUUUCGAACGACCAACCUCGAUGGCUUUACCAAAAGGCGAAAGACUACUUCAGUACUGGCAACUCACAACUAUGCACUGAUCGAUUAAAUUCAACAAUUAAUUGGUGCAAUACUCUUCGAAAUCGAUGUAAAAAGCGACACAAAAACUUUUGCCGAAGUAUUAUACUGUCACAUACUAGAGAAGUAUCUCUAAGGCGAAAAAACAUCGCUAGCUAAAUUAAAAGUAACGAAGCGGACGAAUAUAAAACAAAAUAGUCAUCUUUAAACAUGAAAAACAUUCUUUUCGAAAGGACGAUUGGAAUUAAGGUGAAAUUUUUAAAGCACUUUUUCUAUAUUUUUAAAAGUAAUUCCAUCUUUAUCAACUUUAAAGCUUAUCAAAUUUGUUAUAUAACUGCUAUCCGAAUUAUUUUUCUAGCACGUAAAAAAAAAUGGAUUAGGCAAGUGGUGCGCGCGAGAGCAGAUUGAAUCUGUAUAGAAGCACAAACUAUGUGGUGAUACUCUUGUAUUCUUUAAUGUUACAGUGUCAAGACCAGUUUUGUUUUGUUUUACUUGUUUUUUUUCUGAGUUAUAUUAAACAACAGGACAGAAUCGAUAACCCCAGUUAUUCAUGUAUGUACCGAGUACAGGUUGAAAGUCAUCGCGAAAGAGACUGAUUCUUGUAAAGUAAACUCAAGUAUGUGAUAAUCGGUAACAGAAAUGCGAACAUGUAGAUAAAUUAUUGAAUCUGUAGUUACUAAUUAGUAACACAUUACUAUAGUAAAACCAUUUAUACACAUGUGUGUGAAAUAAUAAAAGUAAUAUUUUAAUUUAA